AUGACCGACAAUAUCCCGCUACAGCCUGUCAGGCGACCGAAGCGACACGACGGCAAACACAGGAAUGGGUGCUGCCCGUGGUCGAGAUGCUGUGGCAUGGGCGACUUCCGUCCCCGCACCGUGUGGCUUGGCCACCCAGAAAAGAGGGAGCAGAGGUACCCCAGGAAUGUCAUUAACAACCAGAAGUACAACUUCUUCACCUUCCUGCCUGGGGUGCUGUUCAAUCAGUUCAAGUACUUCUUCAACUUGUACUUUUUGCUCUUGGCCUGCUCUCAAUUUGUCAAGGAGUUACGCUUAGGUGCCCUCUACACCUACUGGGUCCCUUUGGGUCUUGUUUUGAUUAUCACCAUCAUGAGGGAGGCAGUUGAAGAAAUAAGAUGCUACCUUCGGGACAAAGAGGUGAACUCUCAGAUUUACAGCAAACUUUCAACAAGAGGCACAGUGAAGGUUAAAAGCAGUGGCAUUCAAGUUGGUGAUCUUAUAAUUGUGGAAAAGAACCAGCGUGUUCCUGCUGACAUGAUCUUUUUAAGGACCUCUGAAAGAAAUGGCUCCUGUUUCCUGCGCACUGACCAGCUGGAUGGAGAGACGGACUGGAAACUACGCCUCCCAGUGGCCUGCACUCAGAGAUUGCCAACUGCUGCUGACCUUCUCCAAAUUAGAUCAUAUGUGUAUGCAGAAGAGCCAAACAUUGAUAUCCAUAACUUUAUUGGAACUUUCACCAGGGAGGACGGCGACCCACCAGCUAAUGAAAGUCUCAGUAUUGAGAACACCCUGUGGGCCAGCACUGUUGUCGCCUCUGGCACAGUGGUGGGGGUUGUGAUUUACACAGGCAAAGAACUGCGCAGUGUCAUGAACACCUCCAACCCAAGGCACAAGGUGGGUUUGUUUGACCUGGAAGUAAAUUGUUUGACCAAGAUCCUGUUUGGGGCCCUGGUGGUGGUGUCCCUUGUCAUGGUGGCCCUCCAGCACUUCGCUGGCCGUUGGUACCUCCAGAUCUUUCGCUUCCUGCUGCUCUUCUCCCACAUUGUGCCCAUAAGUUUGCGUGUCAAUCUGGAUAUGGGCAAGAUGGUUUUCAGUUGGAUGAUUAAGAAAGACUCCAAGAUCCCUGGGACGGUGGUGAGGGCCAGCACCAUACCCGAACAGCUUGGACGCAUCUCCUACCUGCUGACUGACAAAACAGGAACUCUUACCCAAAACGAAAUGGUGUUCAGGCGUCUUCAUCUUGGAACUGUGGCAUACGGGAUGGACUCUAUGGAUGAAGUACAAAGCCACGUUUUCAGCGCCUACACACAGCCCACCCAUGAUGCUCCAGCCUCCAGGGCUCCAGCAGCCACUAAGGUCCGAAAGUCUAUCAUCAGCAGAGUUCACGAGGCUGUGAAGGCCAUCGCCCUGGUGCACAACGUGACACCCGUGUAUGAGUCCAACGGUGUGACUGACCAGGCCGAGGCUGAGCAGCACUACGAAGACACAUGCAGAGUCUACCAGGCGUCCAGUCCAGAUGAGGUGUCGCUGGUGCAGUGGACAGAGAGUGUUGGGCUGACACUGGUGGGAAGGGACCAGUCGUCCAUGCAGCUGCGGACCCCUACUGGCCAAAUACUGAACUUCACUAUCCUUCAGAUAUUUCCCUUCACCUAUGAGAGCAAGAGGAUGGGCAUUAUUGUGCGAGAUGAAUCUACAGGGGAGAUAACUUUCUACAUGAAGGGUGCUGAUGUGGUGAUGGCAGGCAUCGUCCAGUACAAUGAUUGGCUGGAAGAGGAGUGUGGGAACAUGGCGAGAGAAGGUCUGAGGGUCCUUGUGGUGUCCAAGAAGUCGCUGACUGAGGAGCAGUAUCAAGAUUUUGAGGCGCGAUAUGUCCAGGCCAAGCUCAGUGUCCAUGACCGCUCUCUGAAGGUGGCCACCGUGAUUGAGAGUCUCGAGAUGGAGAUGGAGUUGUUGUGCCUGACUGGGGUGGAGGACCAGCUCCAGACUGAUGUCAGGCCCACCCUGGAGAUCCUUCGCAAUGCAGGCAUCAAGGUUUGGAUGCUGACGGGAGACAAGCUUGAAACUGCCACAUGCACCGCUAAGAACGCCCAUCUGAUCACCCGUAACCAGGACAUCCAUAUCUUCAGACCAGUGACAACACGAGGGGAAGCCCACCUGGAGCUCAACGCCUUCAGGAGAAAACAUGACUGCGCUCUGGUGAUAUCAGGGGACUCGCUUGAGGUUUGCCUGAAAUAUUAUGAAUACGAAUUCAUGGAACUGGCAUGCCAGUGUCCCGCUGUGGUUUGCUGCCGAUGCACCCCGACUCAGAAGGCUCAGAUAGUUCGACUGUUGCAAGAGCGCACAGGCAAACUCACCUGCGCCGUAGGGGAUGGAGGAAACGAUGUCAGCAUGAUCCAGGAAGCUGACUGUGGCGUGGGAGUGGAGGGAAAAGAAGGAAAGCAGGCCUCUUUGGCUGCCGACUUCUCAGUGACUCAGUUCAAACAUUUAGGCCGUCUCCUCAUGGUCCACGGUCGCAACAGCUACAAAAGGUCUGCAGCCCUCAGCCAGUUUGUCAUCCACAGGAGCUUGUGCAUCAGCACCAUGCAGGCGGUUUUCUCCUCUGUUUUCUACUUUGCCUCAGUCCCACUCUACCAAGGAUUCCUGAUUAUUGGCUACUCUACUAUCUACACCAUGUUCCCUGUUUUCUCUCUUGUGUUGGACAAAGAUGUGAAGUCAGAGGUUGCCAUGCUGUACCCAGAAUUAUAUAAAGAUCUCUUGAAGGGUCGACCACUAUCUUUCAAGACAUUUCUAAUAUGGGUCCUAAUAAGUAUCUAUCAAGGGAGCAUCAUCAUGUACGGGGCGCUGCUGCUCUUCGAGUCAGAGUUCGUCCACAUCGUUGCCAUUUCUUUCACCUCUCUCAUCCUGACUGAGCUGCUGAUGGUGGCCCUGACCAUCCAGACGUGGCACUGGCUCAUGAUCGUCGGCGAGCUCCUGAGCUUGGCGUGUUACGUCGCCUCGCUCGUGUUCCUGCACGAGUUCAUCGACGUAUACUUCAUCGCCACGGUGUCGUUCCUGUGGAAGGUGACGGUCAUCACGCUGGUGAGCUGUCUGCCCCUGUACAUCCUCAAGUACCUGCGCAGACGCUUCUCUCCACCCAAUUACUCCAAGCUGACCUCUUAAACUCUGAGAGGAGUCUCCAGCUUUGUUUACGGUGGGAAAACAAAAAGGUGUCCCCGUCUUCACCCUGCAAAGCCUGCGCCUAGACCAGGGAACCAAAACUGGAUUCACCCCCUUUAGUUUCUGAAAAGCUCUCCUUAAAAAUGUAAUGGUGGACAGAUUUGACUUGGACAGAUUGUUUCGUGGGAGGGAGAGUUUGAGUCAGCUAAAAAAGAAGUUUUAAUUGCUAUGUGUAUUUGAUGCAAGGACUAAUUGAAGAUUUCUCUGGGUAGAGAACACCUACAGUGAGUUGUGGUUGAGGGCACAUCAACCAGAUUCACCUGGUUUUAGUAAACUUAUUUAUUUUGAGCUGUCUGGGCAGAAUCAAGAACAUAUAAAGGUCCUGAACACAAAUGUAAACACGUAAUCUCGAUUCAGCUAUUUAGCAUGAAUGGCAAAAAAAAUAAAUAAAAAAAUUCAUUUUGGUUUAUAAUGUCAAAAAUCACAUCAGGAAGAAAAGUAGAAAAGCCCUGUUGAUGUGUCAUUUGGACUAGAAACAAAGUUGCUCUAAUUUCCAUUUCUAUCUAAAAUAGCAAAACAGUUUUUAUUCUGAGUAACUGAAAUUGACGUAGCAUUCUCACUCAGGACUUGAUUCACAUUCUCCUUAAACAGUGAUUCUAAAUGGAGUUUGAGAAUUAUAUGGUUAAAAAAAAAGAAAAAAAAGUUUACUGGCUAGACUUUGCAUAAAACACACGUCUGCAAGUUUGUGUAUUUGUUUAUGCGUCACCCCGAAGCUACAGCCCAAAACGGCGGAGGUGGUGUGGUUGUUUAUUUUAGCAUGACCCGUGGUGUCUGAUGUUAAAUCUGUCCUUGUCUCUUUGUAUGGACCCUGACUUGUUAGUGUUUGUGGAGCGCGGUUUAAAGCAGCCACAAAGGAGUGUUGGUUAUUUGCAGCCGAACCCUUCCGCUGAGGCUCCUGGGAAUGCGCAGCCUCUAAUGUGGCCACUCGGGCCGGCCAGCACCGGCUACGCUUCAGCAUUGCAUGGUGACUCACUGUAACAGUGACCUAAAGCCAUAACUGAAAAUACCCUGGUGACCAGCUGCCCCCUUUCAUGUUGUCUAAUCCAGGGCCCCCUCACUUCUCACUGCUACUAACCUCCACAGUUCAGCUGUGACAUUAAAAAAAAAAAAGGGAUCAAAUCACAACUGUUCAGUCAAGUACAAUGUGAAUAUUGUCAAUAAGUAUUACAACUGAACACUGGAAGAAAACACUGAUACAAUGAUACACUCCUCAUAAUUCCUUCCACUGUAGUGUGAUGACGGAUUGUAAAUAGUUAGCAACAAACAGAGCAUCCAGGGUGCCAUAAUGAAUCCGUUCUUUCGUAUGCUAAAUAGGAAUUUGAACCCCCACUGAAUUCAGCAAGCUAUUUGCACAGAAUUUUGUUUUGUACAACUGUUAAGUAUAUUUUUAUGUUGUAAUAGAAGUGCAAAGCAUAAUUAAUGCUAAAAUGAUUUGCUUGCUUGUAAAUAACUUGUUUUUUUUAAUUAUUUAUUAACAUGUUUUAUUUAAUGAUGUCGAUUGCACUCAGAUGAGCAGAACAAAAAGGGAGAAUUGUGCUGAUGUCAAUGUUGUGAUGAUGAUUAAUAAAUAUCAUGUUUUCUUUU